GUGGCGGGGCGUCCCCGGGGCUGCUGGGCUGGAGGUGGCAGCGCCGCUACCUGGCGGGGGAAGGCGGGCGGGAACCGGCCGGGGUGUGGGUGGGCGUCCCGCAAGCCCUCGGGUCACGCUCCGUGACUUUCGGGCGCCGCCGCAGAGGCCGGGCGGGCGCGGCCGCCCCAGGCGCUGAUGCCCGGGAUGAGGCAGCCGCCGGCGAUGCUGUGCUGCAUGCCCGGCGUGGCUUUCGUCCCCGCUUUGCUGGUCAGCUGGUCCUCGGCCUCCUUCAUCAUCUCCUACGUGAUGGCCGUGCUGGCGGGCCACGUCGAGCCCCUCGUCCCCUACAUCAGUGACACUGGAACUAAACCUCCAGAGAGUGGUGUCUUUGGUUUUAUGAUUAAUAUUUCAGCACUUUUAGCUGUAAUUACAAUGUACAUCAGAUAUUUAUUAAUACAGAAGCAAAAUGAGUCAUCGCACUUUAUUAGGUCUUCGUGCAACAUGUUUUCAUUAUGUAUUGGAUUGAUGGGCUGUAUUGGAAUGGGCAUAGUUGCAACUUUCCAGGAGCUGGCUGUUCCCAGUGUCCAUGACAUAGGAGCUUUGGUGGCAUUUGGCUCGGGUGUUGUAUACAUUACACUUCAGUCUAUAAUCUCUUACAAGUCCUGUCCGCAAUGGAACACUUACUUUGUGUGUCACAUAAGGAUGGCCAUAUCUGUAAUAUCAUGCAUUGCUUUCAUUCCCAUGAUUGUGUUUGCUUCACAAAUUUCCAUGACAAAAAUUGACUGGACUCCAGAUGAAAAGGAUUAUACUUACCAUUUUUUGAGUGCAAUCUGUGAAUGGACAGUGGCCUUUGGUUUUAUCUUCUUCUUUUUAACGUUCAUUAGAGAUUUUCAGAGAGUUUCUUUAAGGAUAUCAACAGAAAUACAUGAAGAUUCCUGAUAGUGGAGAAAAUUAUAUUUUACAUAUAUGAAUACUCUAGGGUUUUUUUUACUUAUAGAAAAUGUUGCAGAGGGACAGGGAUUUAAAAAGGUGUAUAAAGAACCCAUGCCAUUAACUGCGCAGUUUCUAUAACAGCAACCACUAAAAUGUUUUAAAAACUCACAGCAAUGUUCCUGCUGCCUUUUUGCAAGAUUUUGUAAUUUUUGUACUGUUUGAUACAUUAAAAAUAUUGUAAUAGAAGCAGUCUGUAGAAGCACUUAAAAGUCAUUCAAAGACUUUUGAUAUCCUCAGCUCUUCCCUUUUGGAUACCUCCAUGCUCUUUCAUGUGUUAGAGUCUGAUUAGUAACAUUAGUUUUAAACUUGAGAAAGUACAUUUUGCAAAUAGUUAGGAAGGUCUAAAGAAAACGGAAAACACUAUGGCUGAAUUCCUGCUCUUACGUUGCAAGGACUGUGGAGGAAGGGGUGAGCAGAACUGGCCAUCUUUGCUUCAAGAUGAGAAAUUAGCAGUUAGUAGAUGGCAAAACUAUACGCUACAUGUUUCUGAUGGAGAACACUGUAUACGAAUACAAAUCCUAGGAGAAGUUGAAACUUGUUGAUGACCAUGUUUUCUAGUCAUCACUGAACUGUAUGUUGUAAAAGUCUACCCCUUUUUUCCCUUCAUGCACUGCUAACUAUAGGAGCCUUAAAACGGAAGUGGGAAUAGAAAAUAAAUCUACAGUUAUGCACUAUCUGCUAAAGAGAAAUCUUGCUGCAAUUUGGUUAAUACAAAACAGAACUUUUACAGCCUGUGUUUUAACCUAAAAUGAUGGAUUGAGGAGGUUCUCCCAGAAGUCAUUGGGAACGAAUGGAAAACAAGAAGAGGCACCAGCAUUUCUCAGGUUUUCAAUUAUACGUUUAUGAGUAUUUUUUAUAUAUAUAUAUAUAAAUGAAGAAAAAAAUAAUAAUCCUGGAAAGCUUCUGUAGUGAAGAUAUUGCAUAUUUGCUGCUAUAAACUUUCUUCUGUAAUGAAAGACUUGGAAAGGAACUAAUUGAGAAGUCAGAUGUUAGGCGUAUGUGGAGGCAAAAGGGACUUUCGUGGACUGAUUCACUACCUCCAUUUAAUGCAGUAACCACCUGGCUAUUAAUCAAGUUCUCCGACAAUUACAUUUGCCGCUAUUUAUCACAGUUUAUGCAGAAAUAUUGAUGAUUUUCAGUUGCUAAUUUUCCAUGAGACAAAACAAACAUGUGUUCUGGAGGUUGAUGUCUUAAGACUAGUCAUUGGUUUAUAUUUCCUGGAAUGCGUAUUCUAAACUGUAUUAAAUUCAGCUGUUUCACAACCUAAAGAGGCCACAUUUUCUUUGUAAGUUCUUCCAAAUAAAAAUAAUUAAAAAAA